AUGAACUUCUUCUAUUCGGCGUUCCUGGUAUUCUUAUCAGUUUGCUCCGGGCGCAUGUAUACCUGGUGGGUCGGUGGGCGGGUCGUGAAUCAGACCAUCCCUGGACAGACUCUGUGGUAUUGGUGCGGCUUCCACUCCACGCACAAGACCGCCUAUAAGGUCAUUUCCAACCAUGCCACCAACAAUUUAUCCGGCUCCUGGAUGAUACGGAAAUCCGUACUGCUGGACUGUGUCCUCCCCAACUUGGCAACCGUGGAGAACUGCCCGACAGUACCAGAGACGUCCUGCACCUCGAAGAAAAGCUGCGCAGUUCGGACGUUCGGCUUGGUGUUCGCUGACGAGACGUGCUUGAUGGUGAUCAACAACAAAGCCAGUGCCAUAGUGGCGACCAUUAAAGUCAACAACUGGUAUAGCUCCUCCCGGUACUACGGAACGGUGUUCACGGUCGUCCUGGCGGUGGCCGGACUUACCGGGGUGCUCUCGAACGUCGCUUUCCAACUCACUUCUGCUGGGCGCUCAUUGCUUAUCCAACCUGCGUACAUGUACACGCGGUGUAAGUCACCGGUGGGCAAGCCACGGCCGCACGUGAAGCGCGAGGACGAGCUGACCCAGGUGGUCAGCCUCGUGGACGACGAUCCCAAGUCCGCGGCCGCCGCAGUUCCCGUGCACAGAUCCUCCUGGUACAAGAAACUGCUCUUCAGCUUCCGCUCCAAACAGUCGACCUCCGAUAAGGACGAAGCGUAA